AUGAUUUUGGUGUCCAUGUCAUCACUUGACCAACAGGAUAAUCUGCUGAAGACAUGUUGUGUCAAGAUGAAGAUUGAUACCAGCCUGAUUAUGCCCCAGCUUCCAGAGGCCCUGUCCCAGGCAGUCCAGUUCACUGUGGCCACUGGAGACUUUGAUGAUAUCAUGGCCAUGAGCCAGGACAUCUACGGAGGCCUGGACUACCUGCCCACCAGGUACACCAGCUGGCUGCAGGAGACCAACCGCACCGUCAUUCUGGCCCGGAAACAGGGGGAAAAGUUAAUCGCUCUGGAGUCGGUGUGUGUGAUUGACGAUGGGGAGACUAUGCUGGUUGAAGGUCUUCGUGUUGCACCUCAGGAAAGGGGAAAGGGUGUGGCAGGAGUUCUGCUGCGCUUUUGCUCUGAGCUUGUCAAAUGCAAGUACCCAGACGUCAAGGUAACCCGCCUGACCCGCGAUGAUCAGCUUGGACCAAAGGAUUUCCAGAAGUAUCGCAUCAUUACAAAACAGGGUAUUCUUCUGGUCCGCUUCAACGCUGAAGACGUCAAGCUCCGUCUGUCUGAGCUCGGUGUAGGUGGAGACAUCCAGUCACCUUUGUCCUCCUCUGAUGCUCCUCCAGUGUACCUGGACCAAACAGCGAUCAAACAUCUGUAUCUGACCACCGACCUGAUGCAGGGGGUCCUUCCCAAUGCCACCAUAAUUCAAGACUGGCAGCCGUUCAAGGUUCUGCCCAGCAACAUGGCCAUCUUACUGAAGAAGGACAUCGACUGGGUGGUGGAUGAUGUGUCCAAUCCAACCGUGGCCAGCCUGUGUACCUUCCCUUUCAGGGUGCCCAUCGGAGAUGACUGGUAUUACCUGAACAUUGACAUGUUCGAAGACCUGGCUCUGGUCCGGGAGCAGUUCUUGUGCCACCUGCAGCGCCACACUGCCACCCUGAAGGGUAACGUGAUGUGCCAGAUGUUCCUGGACCCGCCUCUCUGGAAGCCCAUGGCCGACUUCUGCAACAACAUCCUGAGGGUGGAGCUGGUGAAGGAGUACACCGAGCAGUGCGUGGUGGAGUCGGAUGUCGUCUAGUAACAGAAGGUGGAUGGAAGCAAGUACGAGAUGAAGGAUCCAGAAUGAAGACGAGGGUCUCUACAACCAGGAAUGGACACAACUCAUUACACUCAACAGAAAAACAUGACCCUCUGUAUGAGGAGGU